AUGUGGCUUAUAGUGACCACAGUUCUGUUUAUCUACUACACCUUAUGGCUAUUUCUAUCACCAUUCUUAGAUGAAGGCACUUUUCUGAUGUCUCUAUUUCCAAAUCGGGAACUGGCCAUCCAACUCCCGGUAGUUUUAAUGAUUUUAGGAGCAACUUUAGUUGGUUCUUACGUUGGAAUUGUAAUGGUUACAGAAGUUAAAUAG